CCCUACUGUAUCUCCCUCCGUCUACACGCUGUGAUUCCAGAGUCCAGGCUCUGGAGGCUCUUGGAUACUAAAUGGCGGAUUUUACACUCUCUGCGCCGAAGCGGCUGGGCAAAACUGUGAUUCUGGGCUACUGUGACAUCGGCGCGGCAGGCGUUCGCGUUCUUGAAGGCAUGUCGGGGGCAUCACAGAUGACGGGCGAAGGGGCUUGUUCGAGGUUACGCGAGACCGGGAGGGAGGCCCUCGCUUUCUCGGGCAUGGGGGCUGCGGUGUUCGAUGGGGUUCCAGCUUUGGAAGCCGUGCACUUCGAAAGCUCGGCUGGCGGUACUGACGAGCCGUCCGUCACCCUGCUUAAGCUCAACACAGCGGUUGGCCAGGGCCUAUCGGCAUCGUUGUCGUUAUCUCUCGUCGACUUGCUCGUCGCGCGAAGAACGACCCUGGACAGGCUCAUCAUCGCAGCUGCUGUGCAGCCCCCCAAGAGGCACCAGAUCCCGGCAGAAGCAGCAACCAUUCCACCGGACGCUGUGUGUACUUUCUCCUGCGGCGGCGUGGACAGCAACUCCUCUCCUUUGCCGGCUUCGUUGUCUACCCUUCCGUCGUUGCCCACCGGGGCCCGAAUCGCCGAUUCGUUCCUCACGACCCUGGUGCGACUCUGCAGGCUGGAAGACGUGCCGUUGACGGUGUUGGCACGUGUUGGCUACCGCACCACGGGAGCGGCCGCCGAUGUGGAUGGGACGGACGAGGCGAUCAACGGUCUCGGGCAGUGCCUUGCACAAGCGGUGGGGCUGGAGUUCAACUCCAACAGGGCGUGCGGAGUGCGAAGAUCAAAGGGCUGGAAAGGCAGUCCCUCGGCACAGGUCGUGCCCGGGUACAUUUAG